AUGGCCUCACUUGAAUCUUUACCCUACGAGCUCCUUCUCCAGAUCAUCCGCGACAGUUCUCCCCAAGAGCUAUGCCGUCUCAGUUACACCUGCAAGCGCUUAGCAUCAGUCGCUGGAGGCUGUUUAUGGAGGGACAUUGAACUUCAUGAGAAGGGAUAUCACGAGUCAAGCGCAGAGCUCAACGAGCCAUUACCACACAAUUCUCCUAAUCGAUUUUACCAUGAUUCCAAAAGGGAUGGUUGGCAAAGCGACAUCAGCGAAAGAGCCAAGAGUCUCUUCACCAUGCUGCAGGUGCUCUACGCUCAUGAUAUAGGACGUUUCAGACAUGUUGCUGGCAGAGUGAAGAGUCUGUGUACCGUGAUUGAGCCAGAGUGGAAGCCUCAUAUGAGUUCAGCGGCAGAGCCAGUUUCUGUUUGGAAGCUUAUACCCUAUUUCAAGAACCUCGAAUGCUUAGAGCUUCACGGGGCCUAUGGAAGUUCCGACCAUAGAGAGCUUGAGGAGAUACGAGGACAGCCGAUGACAAAGCUGCGUUUUGCGAGGCUCUUCGCGUAUAUCCCCCGACCUAUCUCAAUUUACAUUCUCCAAUCUCAAGGAACGCUCGAGCGCCUGGAACUUGGUAUGUUGGAUGAGCCGCUGCCCAAUACAGUCGGUAUCAGUGAACAAGAUACUGAAAGUCAUGGCCGAUUGGAGCAUCAACCCGGGGGAGUCAUUCCAAUGCCACUGGGAAAUUUCGUCCCCAAUGCUCGAGUUUCUUUCCCAAACCUCAAGUGCUUAUACUUAUGUUCACCUUGUAAUAGCCUUGGUGAUUACUUCAACCAGCAUAAUUCCUGGUCGACGGCCGCAGAGCGGGACAGUCUCGAGGCAUGGAAAAGGCUUAUCCUGGCGUCUAGUCAGACUCUGGAGACUCUUGUCAUCGAACAUCGACCUGCAGCAGGAAUCGAAGACAACGAAGGGUUUUCUGAGGACGAGUUUCUCUCCACCGGAAAGACUGGUGCUGGCAACAGGGCAUUGGUGAAUGCCCUCGGCGACAUGAUCCUCGACAAGCAGAGGCUACUCAGAUUGAAACGAGUAUUUCUGUAUGGGUUUGUUGCUGGUAGAUCAUCUGGGAAACCGUCUGCCGACACACCAGGAGACUGGUUGAUGCAUGGGUUAGUAGCGAGAGAAGUUACCUGCGAAGCCAGAAGGGGCAGAUGGUGUCUAUUCGAUCAGGAAUCAGGUGAAACAAAUUGGGCAAAGUGGACUGGAGAUGGAAAUAGUAAUCUUCACGAUGGCUAUAUGGGUAUCCGAUGGUACUCACUUCUGGCUCGUGUAUAG